CCCCUGGUUACCCCGUUCCGUCCUGACGUCAAAUUGGUUCUUCCGCUGCCGGUAGAGAGAACUCGAGCUGCCAAGAAGAAGAAAAAGCAGAAGUAGGUGUACCAUCGAAACAAUUACAGAUAACGUUAGACCUCUUUUUGACACAGAGUUACAGCCGUGAAAAAUAACACCAUCGUGUCCAAGAUCUGUGAAAGCCAAUCCACUCCAGCAGGUGACCGACAAUGGCUGUGAACGUGUACUCGACCUCAGUGACCAGCGACAACUUAAGUCGUCAUGACAUGUUGGUCUGGAUCAAUGACUCUCUACAAAUGAACCUCACCAAGAUAGAAAUGCUGUGUUCAGGUGCUGCAUAUUGCCAGUUCAUGGACAUGCUGUUUCCCAACUCUUUGCCUCUGAAGAAAGUCAAAUUUGUUGCCAAGCUGGAGCAUGAAUACAUCCACAACUACAAGCUUCUGCAAGUUUCCUUCAAAAAGAUGGGAGUCGACAAAAUCAUUCCAGUAGACAAACUGGUGAAGGGGAAGUUCCAGGACAACUUUGAGUUCGUGCAGUGGUUUAAGAAGUUCUUCGACGCGAACUACGAUGGGAAGGAGUACGACCCAGUUGAGGCGAGGCAAGGCCAGGAGGCCAUGCCCAUACCCAACACUGCCCAGUCAGCUCUCACCAAAACCCCCAAAAAGGCCCUCGGUCAAGCUCCUCAGAGGCCACCUGUCGCCAAGGUAGCGCCCAAGUUGUCUCUCGUCAGUGCACGGAAGCCGAGGGUGGGAGGAGGCGACGAGGAGAGGGCGGAGCUCAUGAAUGAGGUGGAGGUCCUGAAAUCUACCAUUCAGGACAUGGAGAAGGAGAGAGACUUUUAUUUUGGUAAGCUGCGGAACAUUGAGCUUAUUUGCCAGGAGAAGGAAGGAGAAGGCGACCCCACGCUGCAGAAAAUCAUCGACAUCCUCUACGCCACAGACGAUGGUUUUGUGAUACCGGAUGCUGAAGAGCAGGAGGAGUUUUAAUCAAAACUGCAAGCAACUUUUCAAUUAGAUGCUGUGGUAAACAAACCCACCUCAAGAUCUUCUUCAAGCCAAGACAGCCAGUUUGGUUUUAUAUCCAAUACCAAACCUGAUCUCGACUUGUGCCCCACCCCAAACACCUAACAUCCCCUGAACCUGCCGGACUUCUUCUUCUAGCCUUCAGCUGCCGUACAGCUCGGCUCCUUUUUCCCCGGAAACAUCCUUUACCAAUAAUCAACAAUGCCUCGGUCACGGCCUCUUCUUCCUCGAACCCGUCAGUCUGCGAGAGUUUCAGGCCCCCACCCCUCACCUGUAAUCCCAUCCUUCCCAAAACCAGAUUGUGCCGUACAUAUCUGGUUUUUGUAAUAGACUUGAGUGUGAAAAACACGGUGAUGUUCUGUGUGUGUGUGUGUGUGAGAGUGUGUGUGUGUGUAUAUGUGUGUGUGGUUGUAUGUGUUUAAAUAUCAAUUUGAAAGAACCUCCUCUGAAGGACCCGGCUGUCGGAACACCAAUCACUUUGUCCCAAACUAACCCAGAUUGUUUUAUUUGUUGUUUGAUGGCACUGCAGCCAUUUGUGCCUCUCCUGUUGACACUGCAAUUCAUUCAUUUGGAGGAAGAUGCUUGAAAAAAAGUUCCAUCUAAAACAUUAAGUUUUGCAUAAUUAUGAACCGGAUCUGAGGUGUAUUUUUACUAGCUGGUCCCAAUUUUAGUCAUGCUAACAGAGUUUUGUGCUUUGAAAUGGUGAAAAAAAAAAAAAAAAAAUGAGACUUCAUCGAGCCAGCAGGCUUCCUGAAACAUCAUUUGGCAGUUUGAUUGAGGCGGUACGGUUCUAAGCUAAAUGAAAAGAGGACAAAGCAUCUUGUGGGCGGCACAUGUCUCCUCUGAAGGGCUCAGGGUUUAGUGUGGGACAAGGCAGCAGUCGGGUCUCCUCUUGGCCUUCUUUUCCACAAAGGAUGCAUCCGGAUUUUGUCGCGUUGGGCUUCAGAAGAGCUUUUGUAAAUGUAUGCUACUGUUUCAUCACAUUUCUCCCCCUCACUCCAUUCUCCUUUUUUUUUUUUUUUGUUGGUCUUGUUUUCUGUUUGUUUUGAAAAGGUUUUUGGGAACCUGUCAGUUAUGAUCUCAACUUUAUCCAUUUGUUUUCUAUUUAGUUUUUUUUCCCCACGCUCACUAAACCGUUGCUCUGUUGGAGAGAUCCGACUUGUAUCGGAUAUAGAGAAGCGUUGCUGUUUUUUGUAGCAGAUAAGUCUUUUUUUGCUUCCACUCGACCUCGCUGUUCACGUUUCAGGCUCCUUAAAUGUGCAAUUCUGAACUCCAGGAAAGUGGCUUUCUCUUCGUGUGGAUGUGAGAUGGCAGCCUUUUGAUCAACAUGCCAAUAUUUAGUAAAAAAGUACGACAACAAAAAAAUUAACAAUGAUUGUUUUGAAUGUUUCAACUUUUCGGAGAGUCUGUUUUGUAAGUCCAUGCACUGUUUUUUUAUUUUUUUUUUUUUGUUUUGUUUUUAUACCAGUGGUCCUUACUCAGGCUCCAGCCAAUAAGAAUCAUUUGUGGUCCAGAGCAGCCACAUCACAAACACUGAGCUCUAACUGUGGCUGAUCAGUGUGUUCACUACAUGUAGCCGGCCAUGAAAGUGGCUCAUGUGCUUCUUACCGGCUCUGUCUGGUGCAGUGAUAGAUCUGCUCUUAACUACUCAUGUUGGAUUUAGUUUUUUCCAAAGUGGUUUAAGAAAAUGUGCGAUCAGUGAGUUGCAGCAUUGAAAGCAUAAUCCUUUCUGGGAAAACCAGACCGGUAUCUUUCUCUUUCUGUCCCAUUUCCACUCCCCGAAUGACCAAUAUUAAUAUUGUACAUUGUGGAUCUGAUUUAAGACCAGUUUUUUUUUUUUUUCCCACUGUAUAUUUGUACCCAACUUGAAACAACACAGUUAUGUUGAUUCCACACGAACUGUUAACAGCACAGGUGUUAUUGGAAUACAUAACUUUAUCAAUGGCCUUAUUCCUAGCAUUUUUCUUUUCAUAAGAAAACAUUUUUCAGUUUUUUGUUAUUUUACAUUAAUGUAAGUCUGCUGUUUUGGGCAAAUGUUUGUAAUGUUAGUCCUAUUUUAAUGUGUUCUAAAAAUAAACAACAUUGGAGGUAUUUUGGACAAUAGCUGAGAUGUGUCGGGGUGCAGCAGACUGCUUGUCUUCCAUCUAAUGCCCACGAAGCAAACAAAAAAGAUAUAUUCCUGGUGUUUCAGUUACAUUUAAUUCAAGGAUUUCUGUUGAAUUAUUUGUUUUUCUUGCCACAAGUUGAGGUGAAAAGUUCAAAUGUGUCACCCCAGUGAUGUAUAUGAAAUCAAAGAUCGAUCAGGGUGGAGUUCAGCAUAUUCUUCUUUGGACAAACAUAUCAGGUGAUGGAGCUUCUCUCCAUCAGCGACUCAGACGUGCAGUUAUUUAGUGUUUAAGUGUUUCAGCGACAUGAUUCAAAACGGUGCCAGGGUUGAAUGUUUCACACAAUCAGAGGGUGCCUGAAGUUUUUUUUCUGUUUUCUGGUAAUUUCCUUCAGUAAGACCACAUCUAAAAAUACAAAUCAAUACUUUGACCUUUUACAAAUUAUUUUCAAAUCUUACUUUUUUUUCAGAAUGUAUGCUUUUCCUUGGCAGUCCAAAGAAUUGUUUGAAGAAUAAUCUUGUUUCUGAGCCUUAAAUUAUGGUGAUGUGCAGUAACUUUUUUUUUUUUUUUUUUUUGUCUCGGCACCUGCAGCUCAAAGGGGUUCAAACCAGCAAUGAACUUUCGGUUAAAGGUCUACGUGAGUUUCAGCUUUAAUUUCAGAGGUUUCACAUUCAUUUUGGGUGAACACUGAAGGACAAGUAGCCUGUUUUACUCACAGCCACCCAGUGUUUUGAGAAUGCAGGAGGGCAAUGAUCAGACGGACGAAGUUUUCUCCACAUUGGUUAUCUCAUCAGCCAUAUGCUUCAACUUCUGAAGGCAAAAAAAACUCUAAAUAAGCUGGAAGUGAAUCUGGCUGAAGGCCUGAUACACAGCAAUGUGUCUGUUGAUGCCUGAGGGACUUCAGCGUCUAAGACUGAAUUUUCCCAAAUAUUCAAUGUGAUUGUAUUAUGACACAUUUUGGUCACCUAAAACUGGGGUUCUGUGAAUAAAACAACCUCCCUUUCCUCUGCUGUUCAUCUGAACGUGGAAGUAACCCCACAAUACAUUUAAGCUGAAACGGCAAAUCUUAAAUGUCAAAUCCAAUGUGCUGAAGUACAGAAAUGAGACGACACACAUUGCUGCUGAGGACAGUGUGCAGGGUUUCCCAAAAUGCUUCUUGCCAUCAGGAUCUUUUGCCCUCAUUAAAGCUUGUGAAAAGACAAGUUACUUCAACUUAAAAGCUACAAUUGUGAUUAUUAGUUCAUUUAAUGAGUUUCCUGCAACUAAUGAACAUUGUCAUCGUCAAUUAAUCUGCUGAUUUUCUCAACUAAUCGAGUGUUUCAUCUAAUUUUCAGGAUUCAGAUGUAAGCGCUUAAACUCCUUAACUGUUUUUUUUUUUUGUUUUUUUUUAAAGGUAUCCUGAUAGUAAAACCGUUCAUGUUUGUUAGGUAACUUAAUGCCAAGACAAAUUGUAGCACACUGAGGACAAAACGCACUGCAGGACAUGAACAUUUCCCCCUCUCUGCAUACUUUGAGCCCUCUCAAUGCAGGAAAACUUUAACCUGUCAACAGAACAGCAGCUUUCUGGAGCUUCGAGCAGUUCUGACAAGUGUGUGUUGUCGAGCCUUAGCGAAGAAGUGCUUUUUGUUAUGCAACGUUAGUGGCCUCUGUUCUGAACCCAGUGCCAAUGUAUCCUCCUCCCUCUAACAGUCUGUGUUUAAUACAACUGUCAUCACUUCAGUCACCUGUCAGGUGUGAUUUGUAACAUAAUGAGGUCUUGGUUUUUGUCAAUUGUCUGGUUGUCCUGUCUGGUUUAAUGAUGGUAGUAACAUGUGUUGUAUUGAGUGUUACUGAGGAUUUGGUGGGGUGUUUGAUAUCAAAGUUUCUUUGGACGUUUUCAGUCACUCACGCCUCAAAGAGUUCAUGCUCAGCAGGUUUUGGCCUCUCUGGGGAUUCAUAACUAUUAUCUAUCAAGUACUCAUGACUGGUUUAAAUCAACAUGUUUCCUUAAGUAGUAAAGCUUCAUACGGUGUGUUUUUGUUUUACGAAAAAGGCUGAGCAAAGUGAAAUAAUGACUUUUAAAGAUAACAGUGGCGCUUGUGUGACCUCUAACCUUUUCCCCAUCAACAGUUAGUGCUAAGUGUGUACACUGUGAGUCUCUCGCCUCUGUUUCCUGUUUCUGCUGGACUUUAAUGUGUUUGUUAUACUCCGGAAAACCCGGUUUUCUUCAAUCAAGUUUGGUACAGACAAUAAAAACAUUAUUUCCACGUCAA